CUGCAGUGAGCCAAGAUUGUGCCACUCCACUCCAGUCUGGGUGACAGAGCAAGACCUGGUCUCAAAAAAAAAAAAAGGUUCCUUGCACCUGCACAAAAUUCCCAAGUGACUUGGAUAUAUACUCAUAUUCCUUUGCCUGGUCUCCUGACCCCACUUCUACGUGGAAGCCCCUGGUCGCUUCUCCCUCCUUUGAGAUUACAGAUUAAGUAGGUUUGAUCCAUCCAAAUAAAGCAGUGUCUUAAGUGUUUGGGGUGAACCACAUUGACUCAGGUUGGGAACAAGAGAUGGAGGGUUCCUAAUUUCUUCAGGUUGUUCACAUACAUCAUUUAAGAGUUGCAGAGACAGCCCAAGAAUUCAAUAUAUGCGUGUGUGGGUAUGUAGGUUUUCUUUUGGGGGAGGUGAAUGGAGAACUGGGUAGGAUAGAAGUCGAGUUUUUAGGGCAGAAGAUCUGGUCCAAAAUAGGAAAUAGAGGAAGGGAAACACAAAGAAAAGAUAGUUCAAGGUCCCUACUUCAAUACGAGGGCCCCCCAAACUCAUGUUUUACAUCCUUUUUGCCUGGUUCAGAACUUUCUGUAAAGAUGCCUUGGCCAUUUUUCUCUCAAUACAAAAAAGUUUGUAAAUAAUAAAACCCCAAAAGAACAUGGAGAAAGACCAACACAGUAUAUUUACACAAACUAGGCCACCUAGCAGUCACCAACUACUACAAAGUCCAGACAAAUACAGGAACUAGAGGGGGCAGCAUCAGGGGAAAACAAACCCAGGAUCAGAUGUGCACCCCUGAACACGUUCUAUCACGCUUGUCCCAUUUCAGCCCAGCAAGGGAGGUUCGUGGUGAUCCUACAGGAUGUAAACGAGGCCCCCUUUUCUCCUUAGUUACCAUGAUACUGAAUCAGCGCUGCAGCAGGGCAGGAUGCCGGCUGUGCACACCACAUGAAGAAGCCCUCCCUUACGGGGCUCCCUUGAACCCAAGAAUUGGGAAAAGUUAAGAAUUUUAAUCCUUGCUUCAUAUAUCCUUCCCUGGACAGCACAGGAGGGGUACAGGGCCACUGGUCUUAACAUUUAGCCUUCCCAAGUCACGUUUUUUUAUGAAUACACACAUAUACCCCCUGUUGUGGAUGGUAGGCCUAGCCCAAUCCAGUGAAGGACGGAUCUGGGGUAUGAAGCAAGUGCCAUGCCCUAGGAUUAGGAAACCCUCACCUAACCUUGGUGUCCCUUGGUGUCUCAGCACCUUAGUCUAAUUUUCAGUCUUCCAGUAGCCAGAGAUCAAGUGUUGGGCAAUCCAGUGGAACCCUAGUCUCCUGUGAAACAUUUUCAAGGUGGGGGGGUUCAGGAGUGGGCUUACUGGUAUCGAGCGGCUGCCCCAGCCUGGAGCAGGUGGCCAAGAGCAAGGGCUAUACCCACAUCCAUUGUUUCACCCACUGCCUUGACUCCCUGGUGAGAAACUUUCUGUGUCACCAUCACAGUGUCCAGAUCAUCCUGGGCACUGCCAGGGCCAUCUGCAGCCAUUUCUAAAGCUCUGUGGAGACCCGGGGGCACGUCACCCAGCUCUAGCGCCAGCACGCCCUCCCGGCCCACCUGCCUCUUGAGGAGCUCUUGGCCCACUGGGUCUUGGCCUACCACCUGCUGGAGUAGCCGGUGGAGCAGCAGCAGCCCCUUCAAGAGUACAAAGGCAGGCACCAGCUGGAGAAGGCUGGUGUCACCUUGUCGGCCACAUUCUGGAGCCUGGCAGACAGCCUCAGCAAGCUCCUGCAGCCCUUCCAGAUGGCGGUCCGCGAGGUGAGUGUGGUGCAGGCCUCUCUGAGCCAGGUGCUGCCCCAGCUGCACUACCUGCACAUCUUCCUGGAGCAGGUUCACGGACACUUUCAGGAGCAGAGUGUCGGGGAGGCGGGCGCAGCCAUCCAGCUGGCUAAGGGGUUGGCCCUGCAGCUCUGCACCGACUGUCAACUCAAUGAGCUCUUCUACUGCGAGGAGUUUGUGCUGGCCACCUUGCUGGACCGUUGCUUCAAAGGCAAGAUUGAGGCCAUCCUUCCUGUGGGGGCCGACAUUGACCACUGGAAGCAAGUCCUUGUGUACAAGGUGAAGGAGAUUAGGGUGUCUGAAUACUCUUUGACUGCCUCCAGCCCCCUGCAAAGCCCCAGGGGUCUGUGCGUGGACCCCACCAGGGUAGCCAGGAGCUGCGAGGUGGAGAGGAAGAUGGGGGAGCCCCUGCAGAGCACUGGCUGCUCUGGGGCCUUCCUGCUGGCCCAGAGGGAGAAGGGCUUGCUGGAUAGCGUGGGGCUGUUGGCCUCCGAGAGGAGUGGGGACUCACUCUCCACGAAGAGCCACUGGGCCAGCAUCAUUGUCAGGACGUACUGGGAGAAUGAGACCGUUGGAGCCCAGGACGACCCCCUGGCUUCCUGGGAGAAGAAGCAAGAAGCCUGGCCACCAUCUAUCUGUCUUACCCCCGACAAGAGCCUUCUCUGAAAGCAUAUUUGCCUCCCUGAACAGCCUCACCCUUGUAGAGCAAAACUCUUUUCUCAAGGUGGAGGCCAUUGAGCAUACUUGAAGACCAACCUGGAGCAGUUCCCCAACUACACCCCGCCUCCCCUCAUCUGCUCUAGUGGUGACCUGGCCAAAGGGAUACAGGCCCUGCAGUCCGCUCAGGGUGGGAUGGCAGACAUGGCAGGUGCCAGUGCUCACCCUGCCCAUGAACUCCUAGAGAGCCCCUGUCUGUCGUAGGUCAAAGCAGAGAGCCGGGUGUUACAUCCUGGGUGCCACAUGCUGAUGGCCAGAAUCUUAAACCUAUUUGGUAAGAAAGGGUCAGUUUCUCACUUGACAGAUUGCCAUUUUUUUUUUUUUUUUUUUUUUCUGGGAGAUGUCAUUUUCCAUCUCCCCAUUACUUCCUUUAUGUCUAGCAGUAUGUGCCGAGAAGAGGCUUACUCUCUUCGUAGGUGACUGUGAAUUUUGUACUACGUGGCUUUGUACAUGUGAUGCUCUGUUAAAACAUAAGUGGGUGUGAAGGUCCUUGAAUACACCUUGUCUGUGUGGGUAAGUGGAUACAUGCCCUUAAGAGGCUUGCUUUCUCAAAAAGUGUACAAGGGAUUGGACAGGAGAAGAAAGAAGGGGGUGGCCCGUCAACCCCGCAAGACUUGCACCCAGGUAGCCUAAGGGUUCCUGGUCACUGGGUAGGGUGGCUGCUGAGAUGCAGGUCGGAAGAGGCAGGGAAGGCUCCAGGCCUAACUUGCAGCAUGUCACUGGCCAUGGAGGUGACGGGACAGACUCUCCCCUUAGUGGCUGGCAGCCCCAGCAACCUGUUCCCUUGCCUCUCCUAGAUGGGUUGCCAGCCCUGUGUUUCACUGUGACCAAUUCAUUCUGACAUUUGGAUAUUACUGAAAAUGUAAGGAAGCAGGAAAAAUUAACUAUACUCCUUUCAUUCAGAGAUAGCCUCUAUCAACAGUUUGACAUUUUUCCCUCUUUUACAUUGAGAUCAUACCCUAGGUACUGUUUAGUAUGUGAUAUUUUCAUUUUCACAGUAUAGUAACUGCACCUGUUAAAUAAAGUUUUGUAAACAUUU